CAUUGACGAGUGUCAGAUCCCUGGUGUGUGCCAAAAUGGUAAAUGUUCGAACCACGAAGGGAUGUUCACUUGCAAAUGCCCAGAUGGUUAUACAUUUAACGAGGAAUCUUUGCAAUGCAAGCCCACAACAGAUAUAUGUUCUGCACACGGACAAAAAUGUGCGCCAGGUGGAAGAUGUGUCCCUCUGAAAUCCGGAGACUUUAAAUGUGUUUGCAAAUGGAACUACAGAUCUGCGAAUGACCAAAAAUCAUGCAUCCAAAAGAACGCAAUAACUUUCGAUAUCUGCGCGGUCUACAGCAAGUCAAUAUGCAAAAAUGGCGCUUGUGUCUCACGAGGCAACUCAUACGAAUGUAAUUGCAACGAUGGUUUCGAACCUUCUGUUGACCGGAAAAGCUGUCGACGU